CCCGUGGACACCUUCGUACUGGGGCAGGAGGUGCCGCUGCCGCCGACGGCGCUGGACGUGGGGGGCCGGGCCUUCGUUACCGUGAACGGAGAGAUCGUGUCGCUCUCCAGGGUCGCGCCGGGCACAGACCUCUCCGCCUGGGGCCUGAGUCGCCAGCAGAUGCUGCUGAUGGGCGACCCACGCCUGCUGCCACGGCCGUGCUCCCCGACUCCCGUGGCCUUUGCCGCGGAUGCUGCCCUGGUCGUGCGGGAUCCCAGUGUGCCUCUGCGGACCAAGGGUCCUGGGACGCUGCAGGACUCGGUGAACGAGAUGUACCUGCGCUCCCUCGGGGGUUUCACUGCAGCCCACGAUCGGUGGUUGAUGGAGUCGAGAGUGCCUGCACGGUCGCGGUCGGGCCAUGAACACCGAGUCCUGUGCCGUGCCCUCACCUUCGCGAUGGAGUCGGACGGGCUCAACAUCGCGAACUUGUCGUGCUGUGCGUUUCUGAAUCGACGCCGGAUGUUGCUCGAGACGGCCCACCGAGAUGAUCCUGAGAAGCCGGCGUUCGAGGGCUCGCACAUCUACAUGGGCGACGAUGAGGAGGGCGCAGGCGUCACAGUGACGCCCGCCCUCCGGGCGCACGUGGCGUCCGAGAUGUCGAAGGAGUACGCGAUCGAGAAGGAGAAGAGGAAGGCUCGAGAGGCCAAGGCGGAGGCAAAGUCGGCGGCGGCCCGGAAGAAGGGCCCGCCGCCGGCGCACGCAGAGACCGCUGGCGGUGGGGAGAUGCGCAACGCCGUGACGCUCCGCCGCCAGAAGAUGUUGGCCCGCGCCCUCCAGGUGGACCGCAUGAACUUUUUCCUCUACCCUCCGCCCGGCAUAAUUUUGACCAACUUCUACCCCAUGAAGCUGCGGCUCAGCUUCUGGGACCUCGUAUCGAUUAUGGAGGCGAUGGGCGCGGAUGAGCUGGAGCCCGGCCAGGAGUUGUACGCUGCCUCGGCUGACAUCGAGGCCUGCUUCUACCAGUGCGGCGGCAUCGGGAGGUUGAGUAACUAUUUCUGCUUGCCCUCGGUGCCCGUCGAGGUGGCCCUCGAGCUCGGCCUGAUCGCGGGCGUGUGCGGCCAGGAGGUCACCGGGCGUGAGAGGGUUCACCCUUGCCUUGUUGUGCUUCCCAUGGGUUGGAGCUGGAGCUUCUGGCUGGUGCAGCGUAUCCACCUGGAGAUGCUGCGCCGCGCAGCGGUCCCCGACGACAGGAUCGCCUUGGGAGCCUGGCCGCUGCCGUCCUUGACUUCAGGCCCCGUGGAGUUGCCCUACUCAGACAACAUCAACGUGCUGGGGGUGAGGGCUGAGGAGGUCACCGAGCUGAGGGAUCGUGUCGUGGCCCGCUUCUCCGAGGAGGGCUUCAGCAUGCACGAGAUCUCAGAGACCAGCGUGCACUCGACCAUCCUGGGCGCCGACGUGGGGAACCAUCCGCCCGUGACCAGGCGCGCCGGGCAGAUGCUGUGGUUGCUCAGAGGUGCGCUGCAGUGGCUAGCAAGCGGCCCCAUCGUGACUGGCCGUCAAGUUGAGGUGGUGGUCGGACGUUCGAGGGCCUCUCGCUGGUACAUGCUGGGCCCGCUGAGCGCGGCUGGGCGCGGCACCUUCGUGGAGGGGCCGCAGAGCAGCCCGGGCCGCCUGCCCGUGGCGACCGUGGGGCCAAGGCCCAAGAGGCGCCGCCUGGCGACCGCCGCAGUGGCCGAGGGGCUGGCGCGCAGGCCGAGCGGCCUGGUGGGCAGGGCGGCCCCGGCCAAGAGGCCAGCGGCACGCCGCAAGCCCGCCGCCAGUGCCGCCCCCCGCGCGGCGCGGGCGCGGCCAGCGGCGCACGCCCCGGUGCCGCCGCCCCAGCUGCACGCCCAGCUGGCCAAGGCCCUGGAGCCCAACCGGAGCAGCCCCGCCUCGGCCAUGGCGCUCUCCAGGUGCGAGCUGGCCGCGGCGGCCGACGCGACGCGCGUCGGCUACAGGGCGUACUCCGAUGCGUUUCAGGUGUUCCUCGCCGAGGAGGGGGGGGUGCCGUCGACCGUCGAGGACAUGGAGGUUCGGGUGCUGCAGUUCCUCGACCUCAUGCUGGAGGCGGAGUGCACCCGAACCGACGCGACCAUCCUGGUCGCGGCUGUCAAGGACGCCUACCCACCCGUGGUGCACAGGGACUGUGCGCUCCAGGUGGCGUCGACCUUCUUCACCUACAUCCGCCCAGGAGCCCUUCGGAAGCUACAAGUACGGCAGCUGCUGGCCCCCUCGAGGGCCUCGGGACAGAUGCAGUGCUGGAGCCUGAUCCUCGCCCCGACCCAGAUGGAUGCGGGCGCGCCAGGCGAUCCGAGGGGCUCCCAUCGAGAGCUCGCCAAGACAGGUACCUCGGACGAGACCGUGAUCAUCGACCACCCAGCCUGGCUCGGCGAGUGCCUGGCAGCUCACGUUCGCGGGAGGGCGCCGACCGACCUGAUCUUCCCCACCCCCGGCGCGUUCGUGGCGGCCCAGUUCGGAGUCGCGGCCAGGAAGUGCGGCCUCCCCCGGGUCUGUCUCUACCAGCUGCGACACGGGGGAGCGUCGGGCGACAUCUUGUCAGGCCGGCGGGAUCGGAAGACCGUGAAGGCUCGGGGGCAUUGGAGGACAGACUCGUCCCUGAACAGGUACGGGAAGCCCGGAGCCGUGCACCAACUCCUCAAUGCCAUGACCCCUGCCUCGAGGGACUUCGGCCGCCAGAUGUUCGAGGUGAUGGGGUCGUUGUUCGAGCGGACCGUCGCCGCAGAGACCAUCCCCAAGU